AUGCGGCCGGGGCCCCUCCGCUGGGCCCGGAUCCUGCCUCGCCAUCGCCGCCUUCGGGGGCCGCUGCUGGGGGGCGCGCCGCCGCCGCUGCUGAGGAGGAGGAGGAUCCGCCGGGCCUCUUCGCCGGACUCUUGCCCGCCGCCCCCGCCCAGAAAAGACGAGGAGGAGGAGGAGGAGCAGGAGCCCCGGGCGGCCGGAUUCCCCGGCGGGCGGCAGAGGGUCCAAUGGGGCAAAGUCCCCUGGGGCUGCCUUCUCCUCGUUUGCAGGUGGCCCCUCUCCCUCUUGGGCCGAGGGCCAGCCUGGAAAACGAUAGCUGUCCAUGAGGAUGCUCAGUAUUCCCUCCAGUUGUUUCAGAGUAUGACUGGGGAGUUCACUGUUAUAAUGGAUGUUAUGGCAGACGAUGGCGGCUUCCGGUGGCUCUUUUUCCUUGAUGCUCCGUGCUGCUGGCUCUCGGUGGCGUCUCCAUUGGCGCUGGCGGGGCGCGGCCGGGUCCAGGAGCUGAGCGACGGUUCCUGGCGGGAGCUGCUGCGCGGGGAGUGGAUGGUCGCCUUCUAUGCUCCUUGGUGCGGUGCAUGUCAGAACCUGCAACCAGAAUGGGAAAGCUUUGCUGACUGGGGAGAAGAUCUUGAAAUUAACAUCGCUAAAGUGGAUGUGACAGAACAGCCAGGUCUCAGCGGGCGGUUUAUCAUCACAGCCCUCCCUACCAUCUACCACUGCAAAGAUGGAGAGUUCAGACGGUACCAGGGUCCGCGAACUAAAACUGACUUCAUCAACUUCAUCAGUGACCAAGAAUGGAAAUCCAUUGAGCCCGUUUCUUCCUGGUUUGGCCCGUCUUCCUUCUUGAUGAGCUGCAUGUCUGCCCUCUUCCAGCUCUCCAUGUACAUCAGGCACUGCCACAACUAUUUCACAGAAGACCUUGGCAUACCACCCUGGGGAUCCUACACCAUCUUUGCCAGCACAACGUUGUUCUCAGGACUGUUCUUGGGCCUUAUAAUGGUGUUUCUGGCAGAUUGCAUUUGCCCCUCCAAAAAGCACAGGCCACCACAGUACCCUAACAAAAAAAAGCUUCCAGAUUCUGCCCCACCUUUGGAAACAACUUCUGAAGAAGAAGAGACUGGAGUGGAGCACAGGGAGCCGCCUCAUGCUUUCCCCAUGCCAGACACAGUGAGGCAACGUGUCGUGAUGCCAGGAGCCGAAGUGGAGGAGUCGUAGCUCCUGUCCACAGGCCCCCCUGGCCUUUGGCUCCUCCUGCAUUACUACAUGAUGUUUGAACACAUAGAGCAGGCCAGGCUGCAGGGGCAGGGGGUCCUCCUCUGUUUUUCCUCCUCUGAGUCAACCAAGGCCCACAACAAAUGUUUUCAAGUUUUUCCAUAUUCAGAACUUGGUAUUAAGUUGGUGUUUGGAGCACUAGAGAAUGGGAGGUGCGCAAGGACAACAACGCAUGGCUUUAACUCUCCAGGCUAAGUUGGUGACAGCUACCCAGUGUGCAGCACUGGAUAAGGUUGGCCCUCAUUGACUGUGGCAGGGGUCCUACAGCUUUCCUUGGCGGUGUGGAAGUAGCUCAGGGAGAGGAGGACUCAACUGGGCCACCACCGUUCUUCUCUCCUUUACAUUUCAUCUUAACAAGAGGCUGCUUAAAAGCUGCUCACAUUUGGGUCAGCAAAAAGAGAGCUAACAGACUAACAGACUAAACUGAACUCCAAGGUUGGAAAUGUACAGCUAAUUUUGGAUGCCCUGGAGUUCUUUUGGGUCUGGGUCUCAGUGGCAGCAGUGAGGAGAGUUUCCAAAGCUGCUUCUCUCAUGGCAUCUCCAGUUCAAAAACUGGAAAGUCCUUGCAGCUGACCCCCAGCAGCCCAGAUGUUUUGCCUGUAAUGUAUUAGUAUUGUCCCUUUGCUUCCCUCUGAACAAUAGUCUGCCCUUCCCCUACCUGUUGUUAUCUUUUGAUCCUCCUGCUUUCCUAUCCAGGAGAUAGAUGACAUAUCCCAGACUUGCUCCAAUCUGAUUUGAGGUUGUGUGUGCUUAGGAGGUCUGCUGGCAGAGGGGUGGGAGAGACAGUGUAUAAAGUUACCAGUGUGUUUCCCUUGUUUGUUUGUUCUGUCAUUAACUUUUCCUUUUUAAUAGCUUGAAAACUAAGGAUAGAAACUUGAAUGGGAUUUCUCUGUCCUGAUUCCAUUAUUUUUUACCAAAUCCUCUCUAUUCCAUAACAGCUCAGAUUCUUGCAGCCAGUUUCUUUGGUGUAAUUCCUGUGAAAUUCCACAAGCAUUUCACACAUUGAUCUUUAAGCAUGGCUGCAUGUUCUGUUUUCUAGGGCCCAGCUUCCUCCUAUGAGACUUUUUACCACUUUCAUUUCAGCCAUUUAGAGACUGUCUCAUAUUGCACUCCUUUAUUUUCAGCUUUUUCUGCUGCUCCAGUUACAGAUUGCUCCAGUUUAACUAUCCUUUUCCUUGAUGUGGAGAUGCUCUAAGUGAGUUCUUCCUUGACAAAUGUGAGAACUGCUCCCCUCUGAGCAGCCACUCUAGAUGAACAUGGGGUACCGCCUCAAAGUGGAUGUUGUGUGGACGGGUCUCUCUUAGUUAGCUCCUCUGUAUUUCAGGAAGGGGUUGGGAGUUGUUUUUCAGUGCCACACAGUGAGGCCCUUUGCCACUUUUCAUCACAUUCCACUGCAGAAAGGGACUUGGAGUGAGCUGCUCACUUAGUUGUCUCAGUUUGUCACCUCACUUGGCCCUGAUCUGGAAUUCAGAAGAUGCUUCCCCCUCCACCUUUUCCCCUCCCUUCCCUUGUCUAGAUAGUUUGCAAUGUCAUUUUCUUUUGCCAGAGUCAAGUCCUGACCAGUAAGCAGUCCCAUCCUCCAUCCCUGAGGUUUUCAUACAUGGCUCUCAGGUGGGAAGGAAGACAGCAUUUGGCAGUGGUAGCCAUAGUUUGUGCAGUUAUAUCCCAGUCACAUUUCCCCCCUUAACACUCCUUCCCAGAGGAACACUCACGCUGUAGUGUAUUUUUUUCAAAUUGUCCCAAAACUAGGAGAUAGCCGUUCAGAAGCAUUGUUCCUUCUGGAGGCCAUCUUGAUGAUCCUUGAUGAAGGAGUUUGCUCUUUCUUCUUUAAAGGAACAUUCUCGGUUUUGUUUUGUUUUGUUGUGGCACAGUAGUGGCGAAUUUGAGUUAGUCAAAGGUUUGUGCUUGGGUUUCCUUUGAGCUGUGUGGGGAGAGCAGCCCAUCCUCUGCCAGAUCUGGGGAAAGACUCAUCUUAACUUUUCAGUCCUCAGGCAAGAGUGGGUUGUGUUGCUGGAUACAUGUGCGCAUCAAUGAGCUCUCCCUCCAAACUUUGGGCUUUUGGCCCCAUUGCCACAGCUCCCUCUCAGUGGAGUAUUCACAGCUGAGUUUAGGGUUCCUGUGAUGUGGAGCUGUAUCUUAUUAGAAAAGGCUACUCCCCUCUUGCAGCUGAAAGCAGAUGAUAGAGUGGGUGGUUCCAGUUCAGAAUAAAGCAGCGAUUAAGGGUGAUAAAUUCUGUCUGCUCCCUGUUGUACUAGUUGCCUGCUUGUGGCAAAACAAGUAGACUCCUCCUUAAGGGGAAAUCUUCAGCAUGCAAUCUAUGGCUUAUGGUUUGUACCUUCUUUAGCUGCGUUUGCUGGUUAACAGUGCAAGUAGGGAAUACUUUGAGCCUGAAUGUGUUACUGUUCUGCAGAGGAGAAGGCAGUGUCUGUUACUCCUGUGUUUUUUCUCUGUGAUGGCUCUGGGGGCCAAGAGAUAGUAGAUCUUGCUCCAAGUUACUUUUUCCUUUUAGGGAUGGACCACCAGCCACUAAUUAACAGCCCAAAGCAGUAUUAAAACAGAUGUUCCUUCUCAACCGUUGGGCGGAUGUCUUCCUUGCAGUGGACUAAAUGCUACGCUCCCCUUCCUUCCCACCCCCUCCCUGUCUAGGAAACAUUUCUAAGUAAUAAAAGGUAUUUCCAUGUC